GGCUCAAUAGGUAUCACCCAUCCCAAGAACCCAGAAGUUGAGUGGAAAUUAUAGGCUCGCUUAAUCCAGAAGCUUCAGCCAUGGCUCGCCCGGCUUUGAGUACCGCUCUAUAUUUGGGAGUCGCACUUUUCAUGACAGCGGCAGCGCUUGUCUAUACAGCACAGCAACGGGGAGAUACCGUGGCUAAUGCUCGUUCGGCAUUACCUGCCGAUCCCUGGUCAGCAGCGGCUGAAGGCGGUCGCAAAUCAGAUAUUUUCAAUCGGACUCUAGGUUUUGGGAAGGUCUUUGCCAUAAGUCUCCCGGAAAGAUCAGACAAACAGGAUGCGUUGGCGCUCAUGUCUGCUUUGACGGGAUUUCGAAUCACUUGGCUAGACGGCGUGCGCGGAAGCGACGUUGUGGAUAAAGCCUUGCCAUUCGGAUGGGACCGGACAAAGUUGAGAGACAGUAAUCUUGGAUCAUGGCGUGGGCACGUCAAUGCGAUGCGGAAGAUUGUUGAGGACGGACUUGGAUCGGCGCUCAUCAUGGAAGAUGAUAUGGACUGGGACACCCAUCUCAAGAAGCAACUUUACCAUCUCGCUCAGGCCGGAAAACAGCUGCAGAACGGUUGGGAGCAAGACUCGGCGACUCUUGGCGAAAGCCCUUAUGGACAACAUUGGGACAUGCUUUGGUUCGGCUUGUGUGGCAGUACAUUUGACGAACAUCUUCCCGAGCGAUUGGAAAUACCCCUGGAGCAGAAAGAUGCCCGCAAGGUUUUCAUCGACAACGAUCCAACGGUGCCGCCCGCAAGUCACGUCAAGGGAAAUAUGUCGUUCAGCUGGGAGGAUUACGCACCGCAGACCCGUAUCGUGUUUGUACCCGGCGAUAAUAUCUGUAGCUAUGCAUAUGCAUUGUCUUACACUGGUGCUCAAAAGGCAUUGGAGUAUAUUGGCCUAGAGGGACAGCACAAGCCAUUCGACAACCAUCUCAGUGAUCUUUGUAGAUCGAGAGCGAAUGGGAUGCGUUGCAUCAGUAUUACACCAAGCUUGUUUGUCCACCACAAACCUAAAGGUAAUACCAACGGAGAUUCAGACAUCAAUGGAUCUGGUGAAGGCGAGAUCAGGAAAGUUGGUUUUACAAACAACAUACUGUAUAGCACGCGGUUGAACCUCGCCAAUCUCAUCACUAGUGCUGAGCUGGAAAAACAGUGGCUUGAAUAAGAACGAAAAGAGUAGAUGCAGUAUUCAUUUUGAUUUCAUUCCGU